GGGGCUGCCGGGCCGGGAGCGCGGCGGCGGCGGCGGGAGGAUUUAUGACAUUUACGCCUCUGACUUUGGAAGAGAAGAAGUUCAGCAAAAAUGUCCAAGAUUGAGAAAAUGAGUAUCCUCGGAGUGAGGAGUUUUGGGGUGGAGGAUAAAGACAAACAAAUUAUCACUUUCUUUAAUCCAUUAACUAUUUUGGUGGGACCAAAUGGUGCAGGAAAAACGACUAUCAUUGAAUGUCUUAAAUAUAUAUGCACUGGAGAUUUUCCUCCUGGAACCAAAGGAAAAACAUUUGUUCACGAUCCAAAGGUUGCCAAUGAAACAGAUGUGAGAGCUCAGAUCCGGCUGCGGUUCCGGGAUGUGAACGGAGAGCUCGUGGCCGUCCAGCGCUCCAUGAUCUGCACCCAGAAGGGCAAGACUCCGGAAUUUAGAACGCUGGAAUCUGUCAUUACUAGAACAAAGAACGGCGAGAAGAUCAGCAGCCUGAGUUCCAAGUGUGCAGAGAUAGAUCGGGAGAUGAUCGGUGCCCUCGGGGUUUCCAAAGCCGUGCUCAACAACGUCAUUUUCUGCCACCAAGAGGAGUCCAACUGGCCCUUAAGUGAAGGAAAGGCCCUCAAACAAAAAUUUGAUGAGAUCUUUUCCGCAACAAGGUAUAUUAAAGCGCUCGAAGCUCUGCGUCAGGUACGGCUGAAACAAAGCUUGAAAGUAAAAGAGUGUCAGACAGAACUGAAAUAUCUAAAACAAAAUAAAGAGAAAGCCCAGGAAAUCCAGGAUCAUCUUAGCAACAGAGAGGCUCAACUGGCUGCUUCUAAGGAGAAUGUAAAAACAAUUGAGAGCCAGCUUGAACCUCUAAAGAGUUCUCUGGCAACAGUUGAACAGAAUCUCACAAAAGCAAUGAGGCUGGACAAUGAUGUGAAGGCCCUCGAGAGCAGGAGGCAGCAAAUGGAGAAAGAUAAUCAAGAUUUGCAACAGAAGAUGGAAAAGGUUUUCCAAGGAACAGAUGAACAACUAAGGAAUAGGUACCAGAACCACCAGAGAAUAGUGAAGGAGAAGGAGAAGAGAUUGUUGGACUAUAAACGUGACUUGGACAGAGCCACUAAAGAAUGCCAGAGGUUCAACAGUGAGAAAUCAGAGCUGCUUGUUGAACGAGGCCGUCUGCAGCUGCAGGCAGAUCGUCACCAGGAGCACAUCAUGACCAGGGAUUCCUUAAUUCAGUCCUUGGCAGCACAGCUGGAGCUGGAUGGUUUUGAGCGAGCACCUUUCAGUGAAAGGCACAUCACCAGUUUUCACAGGUUGGUGAAGGAGAGACAGGAGAGAGACACAGAAGCUGCAAAUCAUUUGAUGAGAGACUUUGCACGAAAAGAAGCAAUGAAACAAAAAGAUAUUCAAAAUAAGAAACAUGAUGAGCUGAAGAAAGUCAAAUGUGAAUUGCAGCAGUUGGAGGGGUUUUCAGACAGAAUUAGUGAGCUGGAUGAGGAGAUUGGCAAGACGGAACAUGACCUGGAGAAGGCUGAGAGGAACAGCAAUGUAGAAACGCUGGAACGGGAGGUACAGACUCUGCAAAGUGAGAAAAUAAGCCUGGACAAAGCUCUCAGGAGGUUGGAUCAAGAGAUGGAGCAGUUGAAUCUACAUACCACCACAAUUACCCAAAUGGAGAUGCUGAAGAAAGACAAAGCAGAGAAAGAAGAGCAGAUUAGAAAAGUAAAAUCAAGACAUUCUGAGGAACUAACGUCCCUGUUGGGAUACUUCCCAAAUAAAAAACAACUUGAAGACUGGCUUCAUGGUAAAAAUAAAAAGAUUAAUCAGACAAGGGAUACACUUGCUAACCUUAACAAGCGACUGGCAUUGGUAGAAAAUAACAAAACUUACGCCAGUAAUGAGCUAAAAAAAAAGGAAGCACAGUUGUCCCAGCACGAAGCAAAACUUUUUGAUGUUUGUGGAAGUCAAGAUUUUGACAGUGAUCUGAACAAACUUCAAGAUGAAAUUGAAAAAAGUUCCAAACAGCGAGCUGUGCUUGCUGGAGCCACUGCAGUCUAUUCCCAGUUCAUUACACAGCUGACAGAGGAGAGCCAGUCUUGUUGCCCAGUGUGCCAGCGAGUUUUUCAGACGGAGGCUGAGCUGCAGGAUGUCAUCAGUGACCUGCAGUCCAAGCUGCGCCUGGCCCCAGACAAGCUGAAGUCAACAGAGACUGAGCUUAAAAGGAAGGAGAAAAAACGGGAUGAAAUGAUGAGCCUUAAACCACUGAGGCAAACUGUAGUUGAACUCGAAGAAAAGGAAAUUCCAGACCUGAGGAACAAGAUCCAGAAUGCAAACAGAGAUUUAACAGGUCUGAAGGGUGAGAUAGAAGAACAGGAAUCAUUCCUGCAGACAGCUUUGUCUGAGGAGGAAGGUGCCAAAGUGUGUUUACAGGAUAUAACACUGAUGGAAAGGUACCAGACUGAUAUUAGGGAUAUGGAACGAAAAAUUGCUCAGCAGGAGGCUAAACUGCUGGGGGUAGAUUUAAGUAGAACUGUUCUGCAAGUAAGCCAAGAAAAACAGGAGAAAAAACACUUGUGGGAUACAGUUACUGGUAAAAUUGAGUUGAAUCAGAAGCUGAAGCAGGACCAGCAGAGUCAGAUUCAGCAGCUGAAGAGCACAGUGAACGAGCUGAGGGCAGAGAGGCUGCAGAUUGUGAGCAGCAUGCAGCGCCGGCGGCAGCUGGAGGAGCAGAGCGUGGAGCUCAGCACUGAGGUGCAGUCCUUGGGCAGGGAGGUCAAGGAAGCAAAAGAACAAGUAUUUCCUUUGGAUGUAACUUUAGAAAAACUGCAGCAGGAGAAGGAGGAUCUAGUGAAUAAAAGGACUACAAGUAAUAAAGAAACACAAGAGAAGAUAAAUGGCAUAAAUGAGAAAGUUAAAGAUAUAAACAAGUAUAUGAAAGAAAUUGAAAACUAUAUUCAACAAGGAAAAGAAGACUAUAAAAAGCAAAAGGAGUCUGAACUUGAUGAAGUAAAUACUCAUUUGGCUGCCUGUGAGAAACAGAAGGAAAAGAUAAGUAAAGAGAUGGAAGUGACUCGACAAGAUAUUGACACUCAAAAGGUACAGGAAAGGUGGCUGGAGGAUAAUCUGACUUUGAGGAGCCGGAACGAGGAGCUAAAAAAAGUUGAAGACAAGAUAAAACAACUUAUGAAGGAGAUGGGAGAAAUGAAAGUACCCCAAAUGAAAAAUGAACAAAAGCAUUUGGAGGAGAGAAUAGAAUCUCUGAAAAGGAACCAUCACGUCGCCCUUGGCCGCCAACGUGGGUUUGAGGAAGAGAUUGUUCGGUUUAGGAAGGAGCUUCGAGAGCCACAGUUCAAAGACGCAGAGGACAAAUACAGGGACAUGAUGAUUGUCAUGAGAACAACAGAGCUGGUGAACAAAGAUCUGGACCUUUACUACAAGGCUCUUGAUAAAGCAAUAAUGACAUUUCAUAGCAUGAAGAUGGAAGAAAUCAACAAAAUAAUUCGUGACCUUUGGCGAAGCAUUUACAGAGGGCAAGAUAUUGAAUAUAUAGAAAUUCGUUCUGAUGCCGACGAGAACGUCUCAGCCGCUGAUAAGAGAAGAAACUACAAUUACAGGGUGGUGAUGGUGAAGGGAGACACGGCCCUGGACAUGCGAGGGAGAUGCAGUGCUGGGCAGAAGGUGCUUGCUUCUCUUAUUAUUCGCCUUGCUCUGGCAGAAACAUUCUGUCUCAACUGUGGCAUCCUGGCCCUGGAUGAGCCCACAACCAACCUCGACCGAGAAAACAUUGAGUCUCUGGCACAUGCCCUCGUGGAGAUCAUAAAAAACCGUUCCCAGCAGCGGAACUUUCAGCUCCUGGUGAUAACUCAUGAUGAAGAUUUUGUUGAACUUCUGGGCCGUUCUGAGUACGUGGAAACGUUCUACAGGAUCAGGAAGAACACUGACCAGUGCUCUGAGAUCAUGAAGUGCAGUGUCAGCUCCCUGGGCUCGUAUGUUCAUUAGAACCUCCAGUGAGGACACAUUACAGACAGCCCGACUGAUACAUUAUACACUGCCUGGCUUGACAGAGCUCAGGUGAAGGUGUCUGAAAAUAUGGUUCCUUUGUAUUGUAUCUGUUGAAGAUUUGUCACAAUUUUAGCCAGAGUCUAAAACUGUAAGACUUUUAAACUUCAUCUCUUUCUACAUAUUUCUGGAAUGUCUUAGGAAUCGCCAUGAUUUGAAAGAAUUUAAAUGAAUACCAGGCAGUUUAAUUUAGGUGUAUUCUGUGCUUUAAAAGGGAAAAUAAAGUUGUGAGUUCUUUGUUUAUGUCCUGUUGGGGAGAUCCACUGCAAAUUCUCUGGAACAGCUGCAGCUCUGUCAAAGGAUUAGGGCCUGCCCUCCCUCUCUGGCAAGGUCAGCAUGGGUGGGUGUCUCGUGUUCAUAGCCACCCCCCUGCUCUACCCAAAAUUCACAAGCUUCAAAGGGAACUUUUACUACUUUCUGUACAAGAUAACCUAACUCUGGCUGCUCAAAGACACAGUCUUCCCCAAGUCUAACAGCUUGUUUGAGAAUAAAGCAAAGCCCUGUCUCUAACCAGA